AUGAGCAGAAAAGAUUUUCAGCUGGCUGGUGACCAGCUCACCGCAGCUGAUCAUUCUAAGUGCUUUCAUAAAUGCAGUAAGCAAGCUGGUGACAUGCUCAAAUGUCAGAAUGUGAACGCGAUAGGAAAAUUGCCUUGUGAUUCGAAAGUUCAUGUCACUUGUAUACAAAGUUUGGAACCAGCCAUAUUACCGUUUCUCGCGACCUUCUUUUGUGCCAAAUGCUGUUCCGCAAAUACAAAUAUUAAAGAGGAAAUGGUUAAGAUUGCGGCUGAAGCAAGACAAGCUCUUGCAAAGUCACAAAUUUCUUUACCAAAUCCUCCGAAGGAAAAUGAUGAGAUCCAGAAAUUGCAAAUUACAAUUAAAAAUUUGCAAAGUCAGCUAGCUACUACAGCAAAACAAUUGCAGGCACAAUUAGUGUUGAAUGAUAAUGUUCAGAAACGUUUUGAGAAUCUGGAAGUCGAAAGAAAUGAAUUGAAGGAGAAAGUAUUAAAGUCGCAGUCAUGUCUGGAUGCAAAUUUGAAAAGAUCGUUUUCGGAACCAGAUAACGAUAAUAAUGAUCAAGGAAUAAUUGAUUCACUGCUCACGGAUUCUACAGCAACUAUACUUACCGCAGCUCAACUCAAUCAGCAGGCUGAAGAACAACAACGAAGAAUGAAUGCAAUGUUGAAUUCUUCAUCUGCCUCAACUAAUGAUCAUAUCAGGGAAAACUUGUCAGUUGCCAUGAUAUCAUGA